UCUCGAUAAUGGACGAGGCAGGCCGCAUGUUCAAACCGCGAGGAGAGGGUUUAUGCGAAUUCAUGACAAGGUGCUUCACCACUGAAUUUGCGAAGCAGUUCUAUGUUACAAGCCUGGGCGGACGCCACCCCAGCUACAGGUCGAUACGACACCACAGGGGACGAUGAGGGGAAUACAGGAAACGCUGCCAAGACUCCCCGUACCCACCAUUGAACAAACCCUGCAGACGUACCUGCGUGCAGUCCGCCCGCUGCUCAGUGAUGCUGAAUAUAGCCACACACUGGAGCUUGUGCAGAGGUUCAAGCAGUCCCCCGGCCCUCGGCUGCAGCUGAUGCUGGAAGGGAGAGCUGCCAACACCGUUAACUGGUUGUCUGACUGGUGGAGGGAGGUAGCUUACCUCAAGCCCCGAACUCCAGUUGUCGUCUACUCUAAUGGAGCCGUUCUCUUCCCGAAACAGGACUAUACUGACAAGGAAGGCCAAUUGAGAUUCGCUGCCAAGGUAGUUGCUGCAGUACUGGACUAUAAAGCUAUGAUAGAUGGGCAGACGCUAACCGUGGACAUGAUGGGCGGCCAGAGGCUAUGCAUGUCACAACACUCUCAGAUGCUUUCUGGCUGUCGUAUUCCCGGGGUGGAGUUGGAUAACCACGUGCUACAUCCAACAACGGGACCCAACCCACCAAGACACAUCACGGUGCUUCACAAUAACCAAGUCUUCUCUCUGGACGUGUAUGGGGAGGACAGCCGGCCUCUCGACACUGUGCAACUUUACCAGCAGCUGGAGACCAUUGUGGAGAUGUCCCCUAAGCCCGUCCCCUCCAUCGGCAUCCUCACCACGAGGGACAGGGCCAGCUGGGCCAGAAACUACAGCACCAUCAUCAGCGACCAGGCUAACAGGUCGGCAAUGGAGGACAUACAGAGGAGCAUAUGUGUGUUGUGUGUGGACGGUGAGGGUCAGCCGCCGGCAGGGAGUGACCACGCCCGGAGCCUCGGUCUCGCCCAGAUGUUACAUGGAGGGGGGAGUUCCUGGAACUCUGCCAACCGGUUCUUUGACAAGAUCCUGCAGUUCAUCAUUGGCGUGAAAGGAGUUUGUGGUUUGAAUCUGGAACACACGCCUGCUGAUGGACCUCCGAUAGCUGCCAUUGCCCAGCACGUUCUAGCAUUCUGUGAGAAGCACCAAGCUCCAGGUCUGAGGGCGAGCGGCGCGAUGACCGCGCCUAGGAAACUACUAACUGAACUGUCUGGCGAUAUCCUGAGAAAUAUUGCUGAAAGUAAAGUUGAAGCAGAUAGGUUGGUGAACGAUGUAGACAUGCAGGUGUGGGUGUACGACAGGUACGGCAGGGAUUUCCCCAAGUCUGUCCAACUCAGUCCUGAUGGCUAUGUACAGGUCGUCCUUCAGUUGGCCUACUUCAGGUUGUAUGACGAGCCCUGUGCCACGUACGAGUCUGGGUCGCUGCGCAGGUUCCAGCAGGGGCGGACAGACACCAUCAGGUCCUGCUCCGUGGAUUCUCACAACUUCACCCGGGCCAUGGAGGACCGGUCCGUCUCUCGCGAGGUCAAGGUGGAGCUCUUCAAGAAGGCUGUCGUAGCACACCGGAAAUACACCGAUCAGGUCAUCAGUGGCAAUGGCAUUGACCGUCAUUUACUAGGCUGGAAGCUCGCUGCUGCAGAAGCCGGUCUUGGCGUACCUGAACUCCAUUCUGACGUCGGUUACUCCAAGUUCUUCUACUUCAAACUAUCCACAAGUCAGGUUCCCGUGCUGCACGACAUGGUUCUGGGGUUCGGAGCUGUGGUCCCCGAUGGGUACGGUGUGUGCUACAGUCCCCACGCCUCCUGGAUAGCCUUUUCGGUCUCCUCGUACCUCAGCUGUCCACAGACCGACUCAAAACGUUUAGCAUCAACCAUGAAACAGUGUCUCGACGACAUACAAACUUUACUCGGAGGGCCUCACGCCAAAGUCUGAACAAGGAUGACAUACAUACCUGAGGACAUCACGCCAAAGUCUGAACAAGGAUGACAUACAUACCUGAGGACAUCACGCCAAAGUCUGAACAAGGAUGACAUACAUACCUGAGACUUAACAAGGACGACCUUAGGUAGCAGUUUAAAAGUUACUGGUUAAAAAAACACUCUCGUUUUGGGACAUACCCCUUCCACGUUAAUACUUAACAACAGUGAUAAUGUUGAUAUCCUCAGCAAGAUUCCUUCUGAAAGAAAUACACACAAAGUAUUUCACCAUUGCAUAUUUUCCAACACUAACACACUUAAUAAGGUUUUUAAAACUACCAUGUAUUUCAAAACUAUUUACCCACAAUUGAGAUGCCGAUUAUGGGACGAUUAGAAGUGUCAAACCUGUUCCCCCCCACGAUUAUGUUUUGUCCGAUGGAAAACUUGAAGAUCUAUUACACCUCUCCCACCCAAACAUCCCCCACCCACCCAAAAUGUUAUAAAACAUUCAGGAAUAAGGUGUGUUUUUUUUAUCUGUCAUUGAAAUUUUGAACUGCUCCAUAAAGUCAAUGUCGUUCCUCAAGCUGUGCACUUCCGGUGAACCUUCCAUGGGCUUAUUUAAAGAAUGUCAGCGUCACUGUAUUGUGAUGUUGACAUACAGAAAUUACUCGACCUUCUCGGCCUAUUGUCAGGGAGCUGUGGUGGUGAUAGGUUGGGACAAGACGCUUAAUCCUGCUUCACAAGUAUCACAAUGCACAGAUUGGUCGAGGAGCAAAUUACACGUAGAGGCUAUGGUAAGGCGUAAAAUUACAUCGUCUCUGUGCUAUUAUCGUAUUGUGAAACGAGGCAUUGGUGGUUAUUAAAAAUGUUUUCAUAUCUGACAUUUUUUCACAUGAUUGAUGACUGGUGACUUGGAACGGUUUAAUCUAACAGAGCAGUCCUCAGCUGGUGAUCAGUCGUUAAGUGUUUGAACACAGCAAAGAAGGAACUCGUGAACUUCUCUUCAGUCGUGUGUGUCUGUAAUAGCAACGAAGGAACUCAUCAACUGUGAACAGUUGUUAGUGUUUGAAAAUAGCAACGAAGGAACUCGUGAACUGGUCACAUACGUUAGUGUUUGAACAUAGCAACGAAGGAACUCGUGAACUGGUCAUCAGUCGUUAGUGUUUGAACAUAGCAACGGAGAGACUCGUGAACUGGUCAUCGGUCGUUAGUGUUUGACAAUAGCAACGAAGGAACUCGUGAACUGGUCAUCAGUCGUUAGUGUUUGAACAUAGCAACGAAGGAACUCGUGAACUGGUCAGCAGUCGUUAGUGUUUGAACAUAGCAACGAAGGUACUCGUGAACUGGUCACAGUCGUUAGUGUUUGAACAUCGUAACAAGGAGCUCAUCAACUGCCCUGAGCCAGGUGUAAGCUACCAUGUGAUCUGGGUGUUUCAAGGUUUGUUGGUUUGUUGUGUUAUGCUGCCAUGUUCAUGCUAUGACAGCAGCCGGCAAAUAAUCAAGUCUUGAUUAGACAAACCAGUGAUUGAUAUAUGUGCAAGGUUCAUUGCUGUUUGGGUACGAUACCAGAAUUAACCACCCGAUCUAUCAUGUCAACCCGUAUAACAAUCAUGGGUUGGUGGGGACCUUUUCUAACCUAAUCCUGCAGAUUAGGAGUUGUUCCACACAAUUAAAUUGCUUGGGUCCACCUUUCACAUAAACAUAAUGUGUUUUGAAGCAAAUAAUUCCUGUCACUUACAAAAAUCCCAAGAAUAUUCAAUGGCGCGUCUCUACUAUAGUAAUUCAAUGGGGCUUCAUUAAAGCAAACUCCAGACAUUGUAUAAGUGAAGAAAAUAUUGACACAAGUUACAAAAUACCAUAAAACAGCUAUUUAAGAUAAAGAUACAUUUAUUCUUUUUGUCAUAAAUGUACAUAAAAUAACAUCUGAGAAUCUCCACAUGAAUAAGUGCUUCAUUUGAAGAUAAUACACAUUAUUUUAACCAAAAAAUCAACAACUAUUUGCAUGGCACAGUAUCUAGGUCACAACAUAGAAAAUUCAAUCAAGGUGAAAUAAUGAAAUACUAUGAACAAAAAACAUGACAUAAAUCCAACCCCUAACAAUAAUACAGUGGAAUCUUUCACUAUAACACUACUCUGUGGUCCCAGAAAGAUGGCUAUCAUAAAAAAAUAUAAUGAGUUCCCUGAUCAAAAUUGUUUCACACUUAUUAAUUUACACACUUACUCCUGUCCAAAACUAUUUGUUUACAACAAAAAGGACAAGACACAUUUUAGUUGUCAUAAAUAUUUUAGAAUAUGAACAAACCAACAAUUAUUUCCAAGUUACAAUCUACUGUAUAUUGUUACGAUUUUAGAUGACCACACAAAUAGACUUUGGAAUGUCCACCAGUGUUACCAAGGAUAUAACUCUUGCUAGAAUAUUACCUAAAGAGUCAGCCUCCAGUCUGUGCAGUGCAGUGUUUUCAGAUUCCACUGUAUGUGUACUCUAGCCAUGGCAGGGUUCAAUCAAACAAAAACGUCCUUGAUAAAGCAAAAAGUCAUAUAAAUUUGCUAUAUCUGUUUACAGAAGAGCAGUCCUCCACCUUGUGGUGGUACUAGUCAUACAACUAUUGAUGGGUGAUAGAUGAUUUAUCCAACAUCCAUUGACUGCAAAGCUUCCCGUAACAUAGGCUUGGAGAGACCUGGCACUCCUACUGGCUCUUCAGCCGGAUGAGCCAAUGCUUUGACGAGUGACUGACUUGUGUUUAGAACAGUAUUUCGGUAACAUCACAGCCUGAGAAUGUAAAACCAAAAGCCCAA